AACGUUCCUUCUCGCAGCGACGACCCUAGGCAUCUUGUCGACGGGAUCUAACGCGCUAGCAUCCCAGGCAGUCUGAGAAGCUGCGUGGAAAGCCUUCCCAUCUCGUCCUGUCGUCUCGGAGUAGCGCGUUGGAAACAUGUCUAGACCAUAUUCGCGACCAAUGUCGGCCAUCACACAACCUCUGAACAUGGUGUAUCAAGCUCUGCUAGCGGCUGUCGGUCGCCUGGAUAAAUCCUUCAACCCAGCGGACACACUGGAGAAAGUUCGCAAGCAUCAGUUCACAUGGAGUGACUCAAUCUAUGCCCUUCACCUCGCAUUACUGGCCUUCUGGAUUCCCAUGAUGGAGGUUCCGGGAUACCCUACGAAGCUUGUCAUCCCGUUAUUCUUCGCGGUGACGUUAUCCAUCCCGUUCACUGCGCAAUUCGUCCACCGAGCCCUGCCAAUAUUUGCUUGGUUGCUCACGUAUUACACCUCACGGUUCAUCCCUGUCCCUUGGAGGCCGGGCAUCUCGGUGUCAUUCCUUCCGACACUCGAGUCGGUCAUGUACGGGGCGAACAUCUCGGAUAUCCUCACUCGCUUUACCCAUCCCAUUCUCGACAUCAUCGCGUGGCUGCCGUAUGGGACGUUCCACUUCAUACUCCCGUUUGUCGUUGCUGCAUUUUCAUGGCUUUUCCGACCAAAAGAGGUUUUGCACUUGUGGGCCCGUGUUUUCGGGUGGCUCAACUUCACCGGUGUGCUUAUUCAAAUUAUGAUCCCCUGCGCUCCACCGUGGUACGAGGUCAUCCAUGGUCUGACACCGGCGAAUUACGGCAUGAAGGGCUCUCCGGGAGGCCUGCUGCGUAUCGAUCGUCUGUUCCACUCAAACGGAUACAAUGUGACUUUCUCCAACUCACCGAUCAUCUUUGGAGCCUUCCCCUCGCUUCACGCCGGCUGUGCGACCCUUGAAGCCCUCUUUCUCUCGCACUUCUUCCCUCAGUGUACGACCUACAUCUGGGCUUAUGUCAGCGUCUUGUACUGGGCGACAAUGUAUCUUUCGCACCACUACCUCAUCGAUGUCACGGCGGGCGCUUGUCUCGCCGCAUUCUUCUUCUAUCUGUUCCUUCCCGACGAGUUCCGCAAUACAGCUGCAGCCACGGCCCCGCCGUCGAGUGGCCCACGCUCCAAGUAUGAUCUGUAUGGGUUGGAGACACCGCGGACCCUUCGGCGCAGCAUGAUGGUCGAUGCUGCAGACUUUGAGCUUUCCGAGGGCGAAGUAUCUGAAGAGGAGGAAGAUAUCUCUUACCGUUCACCGCUUCCCGUGGGCGUGGCUACCAAUGCCAACGGAGCAAGUAAGACUCAGCAGGGUCCCAAAAGCCAUCGGCACACUGCAAGCAUCGCUAGCUUGAUUCGGGAAGGGGAGAGAGGUCCCGAAGAAGGUUGGCAGCCAAGCCCAAUCGGCGCAACCUUUUUCGAUGCGGCUGGAGAGCUGGAAAGCGGCAGGAAAUAGACGCAUUGUUGUUCAUUAUCACUUGGAAUAUAUACUGUACAGGCUACGUAAUCACUGAAAUAAAUGACUGCCGCUUUCCU